GUGGAGGGGGCGCUCAACCACUUCAAGGUCUGCCCUCGCGCUCCUUUUCUCUGGACCUUGUGCGUGAUAAUUGCACCUUGCGGAGUUCUCGAUUGAAGAUGGACAGUAUGACGUGACAAGAAAAGAAAAGAAAUAACCCACACCUGUCACUCCUUCAGCCUACCAGACUGCUUGUCGUGCACAUUGAGCGAGAGAAAGGGAGCCCCGUCGCUUAGGCUCAGCUGUUUGACGUCUUCUCUUGAAACGCACACUUAGUUAUCCUUGGCGACACGCACCCUUUCGUCGCCGAGCGAGACCUUGGGGGCAGGAUGAGCGCCCAAGAGACAACAGCCCUUUUGGGCUAUGGGGGUACGCCCAGGAUCCUGGAGACUCCGCCCACGCCUCGGCGGAGCUUCUUCGAGGCCCAGGAGAGCUCGCAUCACUUAUCAAAGCUCCCGGAGCCUCCCAAGGGCAUCAGCGUCUUCACCGCCAUCUGUUAUGUGGUGGGUGUCUUCGGUGUCAUGCCUGUCGUGGCACUUCCCGGUGCGAUUGUGUAUUGUGGCUGGACCGGAUUCCUCAUAGCGGGUUUGCUGCUGCUGACGGAGGCGUACACUGCGACUCUCUUGGGGCGGAGCUGGCUGCUACUUGAGGUGUUCUGGCCAAGGGAAGCCGCAGCACAGCGCAGGUACCCGUACCCGGCUCUUGCGGAAAAGGCCGGAGGUCCCAUCUUGAGGAAGGUCGUUAGCUGUAUCCUAGACGUCGCUCUUUUUGGUGCCGCUGUUCCCUUCAUGCUGCUGGCUGCUGAGACCCUCCAGUCGUUAGUCGCUCGUCUGGCAGGUCUAGAUUUCUCCUUCUGCUACUGGCUUCUGAUCACCACGUUCUUUCUAACGCCUCUAUUGUGGUACGGAACCCCAAAGGACCUUGGUCUGGUCACUUGGCUGGGCGCAGGCUCCGUAGUCGUCGUCAGCCUCCUCACAAUCAUCAGCCUGGCGUUAGACGCCCCUGCGACCGCGCCUCCGGCACCCGACUCCACUCCUUCGUGGACGGCAAUAGCAUAUUGCUUUGGCGCUGUGGCUUUCCAGUUUGAUAUUCACCCUAUGAUUUUGACUGUUCAGAAUGACAUGAGAGAGAAGAGCCGACUGCCAGUCGCUGUCAUUGUGGCCUUCAUAGUGGCAGCAACUGCAUUCGGAAGCGUGAGCGUUAUGGCCUUCACGCUCUACGGCGACACCGUCAAGACCAACAUCUUGAACAACCUCAGCGGAGGCCCUCUCCUUUACGCCAACAUGGCCAUCGUCGCGCUGCAGAUGCUUCUGUGUUUGGUGUUGGGGAUCAACACCCUCUUCCAGGACCUAGAAAACACGCUACAGAUACCUGACAGCUUCGGGUGGCGCCGCAUCUGUCUCCGCACGCUGGUGAUGCUGGCGAUCCUGUUCGUGUGCGAAUCCAUUCCUCACUUCGGGGUCGCCAUCGAGCUGGUGGGAGGCUUUCUCGUCACACCAUUCAUCUUCAUUUUCCCGCCAAUAUUCCACAUACUAAUCAAGAAAAAGGCGAGCGGCCGCGUGGACGUGAAGGACCUGGUGCUGGCGUCGAACGUGGUGACGAUCGGCCUCAUCGGCAGCUACGCCGCCACAUCCGAGAGCUUCAUCCAGGUCUUCCAGCUGACGGACUUCGCCCCCCCCUGCUAUAUAAACCUCACGGCCGCCACUUCCUCGGUUCGCCAGGAAUCCUCGGGGUUCCAAAAGCAGGACUAAAGAAGCACAUACAAUAAAUAUAUCCGCUACUGCUCUGUGUAGUGAAUAUUAUUUAUUUUGUAUAGACUAUAUUGUAGGAAUAUAUAUCCAAGUCUGCAAGAUCUGUUUUUAUAUUCUUCUUUUUGGCAAAGUUCCUCUACAAAGUAAUACGAUUUCCUUCUAACUGCCGUAAAUAGCAAACACUGAAAACCAAAACAAGAUAAAUUACUGAUAAUUAUGACAAUGAUUAUUAUAAGCGAUAUUAAUUAUAAUACAAAUAAAUCUGAUGAUAGUAUGGAACAAGAGGGCAUGGAGUGAAGAAAAACAUUGUGUGAUAAUUAUGGACAACCCAAGAAGUAAGUUUUUUGCAGAAUGCCAGUGGAUGGACAUGGAUCGAAGCUUUGCCAUUUUGUAAUAUAAAGUUGUAUAAAAUGUACUUAAUUGCAAAUGCUUUCUUUUCUUGGGUAUUAAUAAAUCAAACCACUGCAUCACAGAACCUCCGGCUAUACAGUAAUCCAGUGUUUAUCUUUCCAAAAUACAUGAAUUUUACAGAAGAUCGCACACCAUGUGUAACUGCGUGUUUUGUUGCCUUGUUCAACAAAUCCUGUUAACGGCACUAUCUUCUGUCCGUUCAGUCAAGCAGAAUGUGAUUGGAUGUAUAGAACUAAAAUGAUAUAUUUCAGUUUAUAUCAUAUAUUUUGUUUAUUAUUAAGAACAGCUGAAGUGAAUUAAGGGAAUCGACAUUAAAGAUGUCAGAGAA